CUUAACCUCUACCUCAACCACGAUGAAGCCCAUAAUCGGCCUGACUGCGGUUGCUGCCCUUGUCUACCGAGCCUGGUCUCGCAAGUCUCUCACUCCACUCGGCCUGGUCGUGGCCGCCAUCUCCGCGACCGCACAUGCCCUCCACCCGUGGUCAACACCGUUUCUGCUGCUCGCGGUGUUUUACUAUGGAGGAACCAAGGCAACCAAGGUAAAACACGACGUCAAAGCGCGUCUGACUCUCUCGGCGACCGGCACAGAAGGUGGUGAAGGACCACGAAACCAUAUCCAGGUGUUAGCAAACUCCGUUGUCGCGACAAUUCUGAGUAUAGCACACGCGGUCGUUCUGGCCAGGUCGCCGGCGCAGUCAUGUUUCGCGCUCGGCAAUAGCUCAGCGGAUAUUCUGAUGGUGGGGGUAGUAGCUAAUUACGUCGCCGUCGCCGCUGAUACAUUCUCCUCCGAACUGGGGAUCCUCUCCAAGUCCAAUCCCCGCCUCAUUACCUCCCUCACCCUCCGUCAAGUACCACCGGGUACCAAUGGUGGCGUGACCCCGGCGGGUCUUGCAGCUGGUCUGCUGGGCUCAUUCAUGAUCGCCUUGACAUCUGCGAUCUUCCUUCCGUUUUGUGCGGAAAAGUCGGGCAUUCAGGACCGCGCCGUGUGGACGUUGGCUAUGACAUUUUGGGGUUUGCUGGGAAGUGUCUUGGACAGCGUGCUAGGUGGACUUUUACAAGCCAGUGUGGUGGAUAAAAGAAGCGGCAAGGUAGUUGAAGGAAGUGGCGGCAGAAAGGUUCUCAUUCAUCCGGGAUCCACCAAAGGGGCGCCCACCUCAGAAACGUCGCUGUCAGCCGAGGCCUCGGGCAGCACCAAGCUGCGCACCACCGAGGCCGUGGUGAACACGGCGAUGCUACGGGGAAGUCGUGCCACGGAUACAUCCGUGGGAACUCAAGCCGGACGUGCUCACGAAGAAGGUCACGAGAGCCGACGAAUUGAGACUGGCCACGAUUGGCUGGACAACAACGGAGUGAAUAUUCUUAUGGCGGUUCUCAUGAGCUUGGGAGCCAUGAGUAUUGCACAGUGGGUUUGGGGAGUUGACGUGCGUGAACUCUGGGCUUAG